AUGACUUUUGUCAGGUUUCAGUCACCUGUCAAAUAUGUUUAUCAUCUCGGAUCUACUGAGAUUUUAUGUUCUAAUGACUUUGUAACUGAUCUAGGAUUUAUUCUUAGUAGUGAUCUUGAUCCUAGACCCCACAUUGAGCAUAUUUGUUGUAAGAUCUAUAAAACUCUAGGGUUUGUGUUAAGAUUAUGUAGGGAUUUUCGGUUAGGUCUAUCAUACAAGGUGCUUUAUUGUGCACUUGUUCACCCUAUUAAUGAGUAUGGUGCCGUAAUUUGGGAUCCGCAUGAGCUCAAUGAUUCUCUUAGACUUGAAAGGGUUCAGCGUAAAUUUAUGAGAUAUGCUAGUUUUAGAUUGAAUAUCCCUUGUGAAUCUCACAACUAUGGACCAGUUGCUUCUCAACUAGGGCUGGUUACGCUGGCUGAGCAUAGACAUAUCUCGGGUAUUAAGUUCUUAAAUAGUUGA